AUGCUCAAGGUCGCAUCGUGGCUCCAUCGUUUUCCAAAUGCAGCGUUUCCUGUGUCCACUGCAGGUUCGCACACUAUGCCUCUGACGGAUAUUCCAGAUGUGGACAUCGAUCCAUCGGGAACAUUCAAGUAUAUUCUAAUCAGGUGCACUGACCUCUCUUCAAAUGAAGAAAAGUAUAUAGUUCGUGGAUAUUACAAAUGUCAUUUUCAUGCUGAUAUACUUAAAGUUUCCCGAGAAGCUGCUGGACCUGCUUUCAAGUUGAAAUGUAUCGGUGGUGGCAGAAUCAAACAUGAAAAUGAAGCGAAGGAAAUUCUAGUUUACGGUUACUCUCAGGGUUAUGGUCAAGCAGAUCAUGCUGUUACCGUUGAUAUCCUGAAGAAACGAUAUCCAGAUUAUCAUAUUACGUUUUCGAACGAAGGCUACUGA